AUGACAACUUUUGUUUGUUCCCUCUUCCUCCCGUAUACGGCAGACUUCUACAAUGAGGAUACGGAGGCCAAGUCAAACCCCACCAGCCCAAAGCAAGAGCCCGCACCUGCUCCCGUAGAUCUCAGUGAUGUCGGAAGGACUUCCUCUGCAGGCAGCAUACGUAACAAGUCGGAUGGACCAGACAGUCUCCUUAAGCGGGCGCCGCCUUCACACAUCCAGCUACCCAAGCCAAGCAUGGCCGCAAUCGACGCCCAUGUUUCAGACUGGGGCGACAGCUCGCUCUAUUUCAACCAGCCGCAGUUGAAAGCCGAGCCCGCACCGCCCCAGACUAUUCUUGAAUAUGCAAAGGCACAAGAGCGAAAGGAAGCUCAGAGAGAGCGCCCGAGGGCCAGACAACCUACCAAAGCAAAGGUUGAUCCCCGCUGGUCCAAGUACUCGGUCGUGCCUGCUGUCCAAGGAAACGGUGGCCUCAGCAAUGCCGUCCGUUCCGCUGUGACCCUUGGCCGGAUUAGCGAUGUAUAUCACGUCGGCCUUGUUGGCUUCCCCACUGAUGUCCUGGACGAAGACAAGAAGAAGGAGAUCUACGAAAAGUUCGAAGAGGAAUACAACGCUCUGGCCGUCUAUGUCAACGACAAGGAUUUUGACGGACACUAUGCCCACUACUGCAAGACGAUCCUAUGGCCAGUUUUCCAUUACAUCAUCCCUGACCACCCCAAGAGCAAGGCCUUCCUUGACCACUCAUGGUGUUUCUAUGUCAAGAUCUGCCAGGCAUUUGCAGACCGCGUCGUUCAGAACUACAAGCGUGGCGACAUCAUCUGGGUCCAUGACUACCAUCUAUGCCUCGUUCCCCAGAUGAUCCGACAGAAGCUGCCCGAUGCUCAAAUCGGCUUCUUCCUACACACCGCCUUCCCUUCCUCUGAGGUCUUCCGCUGCCUUGCGGCCCGCAAGGAGCUGCUCGACGGCAUGCUAGGAGCCAAUCUUGUCGCAUUCCAGACGCAGGAGUACGCCCACCACUUCCUCCAGACAUGUAGCCGUAUUCUGUCAGUCGAGGCUACUGAAGAUGGCGUUCAGCUCGAGAAUCGCUUUGUCAACGUCUGGUCCUCACCCAUCGGCAUCGACCCUGUGGCGCUUGCUAAGGCUCGCGCGGAGCCUGAUGUGAAGGAGUGGAUCCAGACAAUGCAGAAGCGCUAUGAAGGUAAGAGAGUCAUCGUUGCGCGUGACAAGCUCGACAACAUCCGUGGCGUGCGACAGAAGCUGCUGGCCUUUGAGUUGUUCCUUAACAAAUACCCUCAGUGGAGGGACAAGGUGGUACUCAUCCAAGUCGCCACAUCUACAGCCGAGGGAGACAACGAGCUGGCUGCCACAUGCGCCGAGAUUGUCACACGAAUCGACGCCGUCCACUCGACCCUCACGCACAACCCUCUCGUCUUCUUGCGACAAGACAUAGCCUUCUCCCAGUACAUGGCUCUCCUCUCCAUCGCUGACGCGCUUGCCAUCACCAGCCUACGCGAAGGCAUGAACUUGACUUGCCACGAGUUCAUCGCUUGUCAAGACGGGAAAGCCAGCCCGAAGAAGCAUGGUCCUGUCAUUCUAAGCGAAUUCACUGGCAGUGCGGCAAUGUUCGAUGGUGCGGAGCUUGGCGUCAAUCCAUGGAACUACGCCAACAUUGCCGAAGCUUUUAGAUGUGCCUUGGAGAUGACCGACGAGGAGAAGCUUCGAAGGUUCUCUAAGAUGCGCAACCUUGUAAUGCACCACACCGGCGACUUCUGGAUUAGCAAUCUGAGCAAGCAUCUCGCCAAGGUCCACGAGGAACAAUUCAACCGUGACACCAUGUCUAUUCCUCGAUUGUCUGUAAGCAACCUCUCUCGCGAAUAUGAGGAGGGCCGUAAACGCCUCUUCCUUCUCGACUACGAGGGAACCCUUGCCUCUUAUGGAUCCGUCAACAGCACCGUCCUCACUAGUACUGAGCGGGUUAUAGACGUUGUGAGCGACCUUGUUGCCGACAGCAGAAACAUCGUUUACGUCAUGAGUGGCCGCACUGUCCAGGAGAGCGAGCUCAUCUUCAACCGUGUGAAGGGUCUGGGCCUCAUCGCAGAGAAUGGCUGCUUCAUUCGUGAUCCCAACUCCGAGGAAUGGACUCAGUUCCCUAAUGAGAGAAAGACGAUCAAGUGGAAGGAGGCUUGCAAGUCGAUCCUCCAGUACUACCUUGAGCGUGUAGAAGGCAGCUUCCUUGAAGAGCGUCACUGCUCGCUCAUCUUCCACUACGACAUGGCCCAUGACAAGGACUCUUCCAGUCGGCACGCAGGCGAUUGCGCCAACCACAUCAACGACGCCUGCGAGCAGCAGCGAGUCAAAGCUGUCCCUACCAAAGACUCUGUGAUCAUCGAACCACUCGACUUCGACAAGGCGACCGCUGCACAGCACAUCUUUGGCAAGUUCCACCCAACAGAGCGUCCGGACUUCUUGUUUGUUGCUGGCAACGAUCGCACUGAUGAGGGUGUGUUCCGUUGGGCCAAAGUGUUGAAGGACGACUGGACCAUCUCUUCCGUGCAGACUGUGACUGUUGGUAAUCGCAACUCGGUCGCCCUGUCUACCCUCACCAACGGCUCUACAGGUCUCCUCAGCGUACUCAGCAAACUCUCCAAGAUCAAGACUCCGAACCCGGAGUCAUAG